AUGUGCCAAUUUAUAGCUUCAAUGGAGAAGGUAAGGAACCAUCGAAAGACGGCGUUUUUUUCGCAAAGUUUUGUUUGGCGCUAGUACAAGUACACCUGCAAAAAAACGAAUUUAAUAAAUCCGUACAUUGAAUCUUACACAAGAUCUUACAAUUCCUAAACUGGUUGCACUAAGCGAACCCAAAGAUCGACACAGAGACUCCGUGUCAAUCUUUGGUCUACCCUAUUAUAUUCCUUUCUGCCGUACCAACAUAAGAAAGUUUUCCGUUUUGUAUCAAGGUCCUGUUUUCUUUAAUAAGCUGAAUGCUUUCAUUUGUGAUGCCCCCUCCUUAUAUUCGUUCCAAUCCAGAGUUAAAAACUUUCAGGUUCUUCUUUCCUGUUAUUGAAUUCUUAAUUUAAAUUAGUCUUUGUUUAGUUUUUCGUUACUACUGUCCACGAAUUUUCACUUUACUUAUUUCUUUGUGACUGGGGAGCCCAGGCUUCAUAAGCCUUCUGGUUUCUUCUGGACUCCCUUGCCAACUUACAAUUCUUAUAUGUAGUCUUGUAUAGUAAUUUAUUUUGGCUAAAUAAAACUGAACUGAACUGAACUAUUAAAAGGCUCAUUUACGUAAUUUUAAUAAGUUAAGUUAAUCCUGGAAGACCUUGCGAAUUUUGGCUUCUUUGCUUUCUCUAGAUGUCUUACACUGCAUUUUCAAAACUUUUGUGUUCUUUGUUUGUGUUGCUUGCCUGUGUGACUCAUGUGUUUGGCUGUAAUAUUACCCAUGUACAUGAGUACUUUCGUUAUAUUAUACUCAAGACGUGUGGAAUCUAAUUUUACCUCACGGUAAAUGCUGUUAUUCUAUAAUUAAUAAGAAACAAGACCUUACUGAGUCGUAUAAUAUACAUCGAAAAAAUAUUCCUCUGUGCAAGCUUACUUGGGCCCCCAUCAUCUGAGAGACCUUGCUCGCAGGAUGGGCAAAAACUAAUUUAGUUAUAAGAGAGAAUGAAUGAAAUUCACAUUGUAUUUAUUAUGUACAAUGUAAGAGCCUUCUACAGAAUAACUUGGAAGGAUGUUUGAGGAAAGUAUUUUGGCUUUUCCAUUUUCAUUAUCUCCAGGAACUAAAGAAAGUUACAUCGAUCAUGUUCUUUUUUUUUUUACAGAUGGGACCUCUGCAAGCAUGUAUGGUGACAAUAAUUUUGGUAACUCUAUUAAAGACAACAGAAAGUUGUUCAACAAAGGAGUUCACACUCUAUGACCCAAACAAUCCAGAUGCCCAAGAAACUUGCAAAAGAUGUCAAACAUGUCCACCUGGACAAGGGCUCGAAAAGCAAUGUGGAUCCAGAGUUCCAUAUGGAACAUCUACAGGAUGCAAGCCUUGUGUGUACAGUGAGACAUAUAGUGAGAAAAAUGACACUUCCCACUGUAAACCUUGCAAUCAGUGUGGAUUUAAAACUGAGUUACAGAAAUGCACCCCUUGGCAAAACAGUAGGUGUGCAGCUACAUGUAGGUCAGGGUAUUACAUGGAUCCUGUUGUUGAUGAAUGUAAAGUUGUACCUGAAAAUAAAACAGCUAACGCAAUCCUUGCUUCAAGGAAUUCAACCAGUGAGCCUUCAGGUAUCAUGGUAACUUCAGAUACAAAGUCUCCAGGUACUAUGUCACCCACAGUCAGCACGUCUGAAAUUACCGCUAGCAAUUCAACCCCAGCAGAUUCCAGCAUUAGGGUGAGGUCUACACCACUGGAAGACAAUGUGGAUGGCUCAAGUGAAAGCAACAGCUCAUCAUCAAGAAGUCAAGAUUCUGGACUGUGGAAAGUCAUUACAAUUAGUUUAGGAUGUAUAUGUGGAGUAGUUUUCACUAUCGUCAUCAUCAUCUUUGCUGCAUUUAAGAUAAAGCAAUACAGAAGCAAAUCAAACAUCCACAACUUUGAGGACCGUGAUGAAUCAGGUAAUACUUAUGGGUUUAAAAAUAGUGUUAAAUUAUUCCGUCAUCAAACCAGCUGAGAGCCCAGUUUGUUUUAGUGAUUUGUUCAUUAAAAAAUAACAUGGAAACUUCCCUAAUUGCAUCAAAGAAAACUAUUGAUAAAUCAAUAAAGUCACUCCAAUAUAUCACUGACAUCAGUUUUCAGAAUGGUGUGAAACAAAAAUAAACAGUCUUAUAUAAUAAGUAUGGUUAAAACCCAAAUUCAGUUUGUUGAUGUUUUAAAUCAAUUUCUUACAGAUAAAAAACCACAAAUAAUAGAACUUCCUUCCACAGACAGACCACCAAAGAAAUAUCACAGUCAAGGUACCGAUAAAAUAUACCGGUUGUAUCAAUUUACUAUUAUGCCGGGUCAAAAAUAUGACCUGUUUGUGGGACUGUUACAUGUAACGAAUAUUUUGUUGAGCUAGGUUACAGUACACUCAAAUGGCAAACCACUGAAUAAUCAGGGGCCAGAAAGAAUUUUUAAAUUAUUACAUAAAACACUACUAAAAAAUGGACCACAAAAAGGAUGAAGUAGCGUUCAGUUUCACCUAAUGAAACAGGAGAGCAUUAUUGCUGUAACAAUACACUUGUCUGGCAGAACGAAAUUAACUAAGUCAACCUAGUUGGUUUGCAGUAUGUUGAAUGAAGCUUUAUUUAAUCUGGGGUUUGUUGAGGUUAUACAGUUAGACCUCUAGCAAUAAUUAAAUAUGCUAAUAAGCCAAGUAAAAAACAAAUAAACAAUAUAAUUAUAGUUAUUAAUUAAUUAAUAACAAAAUAUGAAGCCUAAAUUACCGGUAUGUGAUGCAGAUAUUUAAAAAAAAAACCUAAAACAUGAUAGAUAUAUAGCUAUUAUUGUUUAUUUCUAAAAUCAUUCAAUAAUCAUUUUUUUUUUUUAAAAAAUGGCAAAAACAAAAUAUUAAUACUGCAACCCAGUCUCGGUAUGAAAACGAAAAAAGAAAAUAGCUUUUUAAUAUUUUGUGGAUUGAAUUGAGUCACUAAUUGUGACUGGACCAACAAAUAGUAAAUUUUUAUUACAAUCUGCAUCACAGAUCAGAGUGGGAUCUCAGAGUAGGUCGAGAUUAGUUUCAAAAACAUGCUGAUGGAAGUUAUGUUUCUUGAUUCUAAUGAAUCCCAAUAUGGCCUGUCUAGUCUUUCCCAAUCUCAUAAUUCCCACUUUCUAGUUGUAUGAAAUAUUUCUCUGGUAAUCAAACAGGUUGUGACAAAACAAGGACACCACUGCUUGAGGAUCAGAGUAAUGCAAACUCCAAUGCCUCUUCAUCUGGUGAGAUGAGAAGUUACAUGUAAAUUCAUGUUAAACAAUACAUGAACCAUGAACCACGAAUGGUCAAUUUUGGGGGGUAUUUCCCUUCUUCUGAUUAACACCAUUUCAUCCUAAAUGAGUCAUUUGUACACAGCUAAAGAUCAUUUUUAUGAUUCCCUCACCUAAACCUAAGCCUGCAUAACAAUCAAAUUAUACAUGUUUUCACUACUGGUAUAGUCUUAUAUCUUUGACUUAGGUUUCAGGGAUAAUGUCUGCGUGGCUACACCACUACACAGGAAACUAGGCUUCGUAGAGGGGAAAAGGGCAGUCUACUGCAAUACUGCGCAUUAAAAUUGAAAUGAUGAAAUACUGUUCUAAAAAAAGCAGCAAUACCACAAUACCGUAAACCCUAAUGUCCCCCUCAAAAUGGAUUACUGCAUUUAAUAUCCUUACCCCCCUCCCCAAUUGAGGACCUAAUUUUUCUUCUUACCCCUGAGUAUUAAAUAAAAUUACAUUCACCCCUGAAGACUUUCAUAAAAUGUAGCUUUAACCCUGGGGAAUAUGGGUCCAACCCUUGAAGAAUAUAUAUGGGUGUACCCCCGAAGAAUUGCAUGAAAAUUAAAGCUCCAUUCUCAAAGUGUUCCAUUUAUAUAGAUAUAUACAGAUUUUGUUUUUUUUUACUCUACCCCUAAAGAAAUCCUUCACUUUUAUACCUUACUCCUGAAGAAUUCCAUGUUUCCACUACCGGUAGGGUACGAGUAUUUAAAUAACGCAGCUGAAUAGGCUGGUAAAGGCUGAGAGUUAGCCCUAGCUUCAAAAUCAUAUGAACGUAUGAAAAAGAGGCGCAGAUCACAAAUCCAACUUUGGCCAGAAACAAAAGCGGAAAGCCGGAAAACCCGGAACUAACUAUUUGAGUCAUUUUGGAAGAGAAAACCUUCAAGCUAUGAAUUUCAGAAAAUUUGAAGAGACCCAAGUUGCGAAAACGCUUGUGCUCCCAUUCUAUAGGCAGUUUGCAGACAGUGUAUGAAUGUCUUUCUUUUUAAGGUCCUGUCUGGUUAAAAAAAAAACAAUAACAGUACUUACAAGUAUAAAUUUUCUAAUCUCGUGCUGGCUGCCAUCCGCCAUGUUGGUAACGCAGAAUAGCACGUGAUAAAACACGUGAUAGAAGUGCUGGUGGGAAGAAGGGUUCUCGGACUCAGAUCUCUUGAUUGAUCAGGGGCACCCAACGGCAAUUUUCGGGAAAAUAUCUGUUCGGAAGACGAUUUGAGAUCUAGAAUUUUCGGAGUAUUUGUUGUAAAAUUUCUUACUUGCCUGCCUCUCCUAGGAUUUUCGAACAUCUACAAAAUGGUAUAAUUACCUAUUUUUAACGGAUUUUUACCCUAAAAAAGGCCACCUAGAAUUUUCGGGAACCUUUUCCUGGCUGAAAUUUUCAAGAAGGUAAGUUUUUAUCCCUAUAAUUUUCGGAUCGCUAGACUUUCAGCUAGGAAAUGCGAACAGAUGAAAAGGUUUUUAGGGGAUAAAAAUAUGCCUAUAUCCACCGUUUGAAUACUAAAAUACGUUCAACAAUGCUAUGUUAAGUGGUUUUGAACUAUAUCCUCGUUGGGUGCCCCUGAUUGAUGGCACUUUCUACCAGAGUUCAUAUUGUUUUUGCUUUCUUAUUUUGAUCAUAGCAAGUUGAGAGUAGUGUUUAAAUUUUAAAAAAAUAUAUAUAUUGUCCCAAUUUGCACAAGCUAGAAAACAACAAGGGGAAGGAUUCUGAUAUUUUGUGACCAUUUUUAGCAAAAUGAAGUCGUCGUGCGAGUGUCCUAUGGAACAAGGGUGUUUCCGAACUUUCCCGGUUAUGCAGAAUUUCAGUUACUGAACUCGGGUAACCAGCAUUUUUUAGCCCUAGGGUCGAGUGUAUCAAUAGGUGAUGAACUUGAUAUACUGAGAUUUUCCCUCGUCCCCGGGAUUCAUUAAAAGUCUUUCAUAUCAAUGUCGUUUCGUUUAAUGGAAUGAAUACCACUGUAGUCUAUUUUUGGAGUCACAUGACUAAGAUUAUUUUGUCAGAUUCCAUCAAAACCGAGACAUGCAUUCAACUGUUCUACGUCUACAUCGGUUUCAAUGGUCUGCUUUCGUAGGAGUGUUUCGUGUGAUAUAUGUCGUCAGCAUGGUGAACUAUUGAGGAUGAGCCGAACUAUCACCCUCAAUCGGCGACUUUUAGGAUGACUAAAAAAGAAAAACUUUCUUUUCACCAUUUCAUGUUUGCAUUCAUUCAUUGUUUUAUGAUCUUCUACGCACUUGCGUUUUCACACCCUUUAACUCCAACAUUUCUUCCUUCGCAGAAAAUCUGCAGGAUAAUCCUACCAAAGUAUGUGCUCAUAAAAAUGUCAAGCUAGAUGUUCAACACAUACCAGAAGGUAACUGAAUUUACGGUUUUAAUGUACUCGCUAUUGAUAUCCUGCAGCUUGUGCUCACCCUCAUUCAUUAUUUUGGAACGGUUUUAAUUACCUCUGCAUGAAUAAGAAUGGCCAAGUCUGUUGAAACUUUCAAAAGCACCUCUAAGACAUAUCACACACAUCGUUUUAGUAAGGCUUUUUAUCAGUUACUUUUACUUUUAAAAAACCUAUUCACAAUCUCACAAUGCAUAAUGAAACGUUUAUUUGUUCAUAAGUAGGUUGUGUAUAAUCAUCCGGGUGAUCGUAGUCCUGAAUAUGACUGUUGUUGACAGUGACUGACUUUUCGACUACCUGUGCGGUAGUCAUCUUCAGAGUCAAACUAUAGUCCUCAACAACAGUCUUAUGCGCCACUUUGGGUUCCGCGGGAGAACCGUUCGAGAUGGACAGGAACAGGAAGACCUUAGAUAACAAUGACCCCAACCAGGUUGUGGUGUCCAGCGGUUUUCGUGAAAACAAGGGUUUGGGUGACAUGCUCAGUCUCGCGGGCUCAUAAAACCCGGUCUCAGUCAUUCUCGGAUUUUUAUUUCAACAUGGUGGCAAAUUCGUCCCUCAGAAAAGUCCCACAAUGCACUUUAAAAAGCCGUCUCGACCCGGUCUCCCGCGCAACCUUGGGGUUAAAGGAAAUCGCUUAAAUCGCAAUGGAUCGGGAAAAUAACCACACAGCAAGAAAAAACAAGCAAAGUAAAUACGGUAAGCUGUAUUUUAUUGAAAAUUAUAGCCAGUAUUUAUCUACUUGAAUCAUUUACCUGAAUUUCCAUACAAAUCUUCUAUGUUCACGGUCAUUUUAAGGAUUACACAAUAUAUAUGAAACCACAUGUAUUAAUGAUUAAACUCUCACACUGAGCUUGGGCGGCCUGUGCUUCACCCGGACGAUCAUACUCAACCUACUUAUUUGUUAUUUAGUUAUUUUAUUUUAUCACAGUUUAGUUUUUGGCUGCUAAGGGGAAAGGGAAAGCACUCUCUGACCGAAACGGAGAAUCUCGCCACCACGAAUUCGCAACUUUCGUAGCUCAAAAAAGUAGUCUUGCUAUGGAUCUGUUAGGCCUAGUUCAGACGCCGUACUUUUCAUGUGACGAACCUAACUGAAUAAGUUCGACUUUGGAGCGACACUGGCGCGACAUCUGAUUAAGACGCGUACCGUGUGUCGAACCUAAGUUAAGUUCGACAAAAGUUCGACAGACUCUGUCGAACUUAACGCUUUUGCCGCACCAAACUAAAACUGCCGUACCAAAUUGAUUCAGACGCCGCUCUUUUGCCGUACUUAAUUCAUCAGUUAGGUUUCAGCACAUUCGUGGAGCAGCGUCUGAACCAGGCCUUAGUCUCCUCCGCAGCCGCUCACCACUUGGGCGGCUGCGGAGGACACUACAAAUCUGUGGCUAGACUUUCUCAGAAAGGUUAAGGUUUAGUAGUAUUGAUACUGUCGUUGUGCGUCGUGUGUGCUGUGCGUGCGUGUGUGAGUUAUUUGUCUAUUAUUUUUUUAAAAAUUGUAAUGUCGGUAAUGUAUGUAAAAAUUAAUGUUAUUAUUGUAAGGCAAGAAAUUGAAAUAAACAGUGAUUAAAUUACAAAAAAAAAUAGACUUUCUCAAAGUCCUUCGCUUCUCAUUUCCGGUUGGCAAUUGGCCCCGCGCGAAGGAUUUAUCCCCUGCAGCGCGCCAAAUUUACAGGAGGAAUUUUCCUCCUGUAGGUUUUAUCCAAUCACGAACGGUUUUACUGACGCGUCGUCAAUCAAACCCGAUCACGCCACAAGAAAGGUGACUUGAACUGUUUUGAUCCAAAUUCACUAUAGUCUAGUUUCGAAUUAAAAAUUGCCGCUGAGUACAAACAUUAACGACACAUUCAUACAGGGUUAGCCUCGACGUAAAGUAAAAUAUUCAGAAAUUCCGGCAAGUAAGUGUUUGAAAUUUGAAUACACGCAAUAGACAGAGUAAUGGUCUUUUUCUCGUUCGAAUUUGUGAAUAUAUUACUUCAGAUAGAGGCUAAGGCUGUAAAAAAUGCGUCUUCAGUUCUUUAAUUCAGCGGUCAUACAGAACUCGAAACUGGACUAUUGAACUGUGUAUUUUGUGCGGGCUGUUAUUUCGAUUUCGUUUUAUCGCCUGUAUUGACCUGUAUUCAAAUACAAAGCUUCGGUGGGCGUUUUAUCUUCCUCCAUUUGAGUACUUUACCACGCUCGGAUUUUUCUGGCAGCCAUGUAGCGAAAAAAGAUUACCGACUUGUUUUGUUUUGAGCGCGCGCACAAAGUUUUUGUUUUGUUCUCUUUCCUUUCAUGGCGUAUGCAAACCUUGCCACGAGCCCGAAACGUCUGGAGACUGAACUCACAAAUAUCACACGGCACUUUUGUUCAUUACCCGUUCUUUGUAUUGAACAUUCCUUUAUGUACUUUCUCUUAUCGGAAUUUUUUUUCCGUUAUUUGUUUGUUUUGACAUACUUUGACAGCUCGCGACGAUACAAAUAGGUCGCACCAAAAUGACGUCACUUGAUGCGAUUUUUUGCAGAGGAAACAAGUCGAGCGCUCGCUCUCUCGCUCCCUUUUGCCGCAGAAAAAAUAAAAAAUCUACAGCUCGCGCUUCGCGCUAGUGAAAAAACUUGAGCUCGACUUGUAGGCAAGUCUAAUCUGUGGGCAAUGGAUUACUCAGACACGCAAGUGAAUAAUGUUCCCGUUUUUUGCCGCCAAAAAUGCCAGUAGUAGAUAUGGUAAAAUGUACAAGUGAGCCAGUGAUUUAACCAGAAUCCUUUUGAUUGAUCAGGUUUAAGUGUCUACGGACCUUACGGAUCCUGCCCGCCCAUGGCGAAACGACGUAUAGAGUGACUUGAGAUCACGCCCAAUUUGAGCAAUUCUCAAACAUUCUUAAAUCUCCAAGCUAAACGAAAGCCUGAACUCAGCUACGCAUUGUGAAAAUCAAAUAAAACUCAAUAAGGUCAUUUCAUGUCGUAGGCCCUGAUACGCUGACCACGUUAUCAUGCACCAAGGUUUUCCUCUUACUUUUUUCGACUGAAACAAGUCAAAACAAAGACUUCAACCUCGUUCCCAGGUUCUCUUUACCACCGUGGGAACGAGGUUGAGACACCAUUAUACACACACACUAAGCUCGGCUUUUGUUUUUCUUUCAGAUGUCCCUAUCUCUGCCAUAGAAAAACUGCGAGAUCAUGAUAACCAAUUGAUGUUAUUCUACGUCCAAGACGAACUGGAUUUUCCCGAGACAAGUGAAGUGAAAACAUGGUACAGCGUUGGACUAGCGUUAAACGUCGAUGUUCGAUUAUUGGAUAGGAUCGAAUCACAACAAAGUGCAAGUCCAAUGCACAAACUUAUUCAAUAUUUAAAGACUAAAGGUGAAGGAGAACCUAGCAUGAGAGAUUUUGUGAACGCACUACUCCAGUGUAAGAGAUACGACGUGGCUAAAAACAUUUGCAAUUGCCCAUGGCCAUUAACUGAAGCACAACUGGAACGGUAG